UUGACUCACAUGAUCAAAACAUGAUAAAAUGGUAGCCAUUGUUGUGAAGCAACACCACUACACUGCCCCUCUGUCAUUUUAUAGCAGGCAGGCAGGAUGAAGUAUUUAGCUGCUGGUGUAUGUCUUGUGUUAAUCUUUGCAUUAACUGUCAGUGCAAAAAUUGACGAGCCUUGCAGAAAAGAUGCAUAUCCUCCUGAUGCUAGUAGUAAGCUAGAGACUGUUGUUUUAAACAUGGAUUUGCCGCCAGAAGAACGAUGGGAACACAUAAUAACACCAAAAAAAGAACAAUUGACUGAACUUAUUGCAGUUAUUAAGGAGCUUAUCCCGUCGAAAGUCAUUACCGUUGUAGAUGCUGCUUUAGCGAUGAUUAUUGACAGGUUGCCAAGUCCAUACUCUGGGGAGAUUAAAGGAAUAGCAAAGGCCUCAGGACUUCCUUUGGGGGAAGCAGUGCUAUACAAUAUUUUUUAUGAAAUAUUCACUGCUUGUACAUCUAUUGUUGGCCAGGACGAUGCAGGAAGAUUAUAUCAUGCAAGGAAUUUGGAUUUUGGAUUACUGCUAGGAUGGGAUGAUAAAAAUAACACUUGGCUAGUCUCAGAAAAGUUGAGAAAGUUGAUGGUUAUUGUUGAUUACCAAAGGAGUGGAAAAACGAUGUACCAGGCAGUACAUUUUGUUGGUUAUAUAGGAAUUCUGACUGCAAUCAAACCUCACAUGUUCACACUUACCAUGAAUGAACGAUUUUCAUUGGAUGGAGGCUACAUAGGUAUAAUAGAAUGGGUGCUUGGAAUCUCAAAGGGUAAAUGGAUGGGCUUUCUUACUCGUGAUGUCAUGGAUACUGCAGUUAGUUACAGUGAAGCUAAACUGAUGUUAUCAAACACCACAAUGCUGGCGCCUGCUUAUUUUAUUUUGGGUGGCAACCAAUCAGGAGAAGCAUGUGUUAUUACAAGAUCAAGAGAAAAAACUGUCGAUCUAUGGGAAAUGGAUACAUCAAAGGGAAUGUGGUUUCUAUUGGAAACAAAUUACGAUCACUGGAAGGCUCCUUUUUUCAUUGAUGACAGACGAACACCGGGCAACAAAUGCAUGAAAGAAAUGACUCAAAAGGGUAUGGGAUUUAAAGGGCUCUUCAAUGUUUUGUCCACAAGACCAAGUUUGAAUAAGCUGACAACAUAUACCGCUCUGAUGCAAGUUAAUGAUGGAACCUUGGAUACUUACCUUCAAAGAUGUCCCGACCCAUGUUGGCCUUGGUAAUAUUGCGAUUGGUAAGCUGCCCCGGGGAAUCACCUUUUAUGAAUACUAAAAAUGUUGGAUGCUGAGUUAAAAUGAAAGAAAAAAACAAUUAAAUAUUGGACUAUCAAUUGCAAUAUUAAAAAAUUAAAACGAAUCUAUUGAAAUUUUAUAUAUACACGCACAUAAUAUUUCCGUUGUAAUUAUUAAUUUAACUUGUAUUUUUCAAGCGAGAAGUCAAUUAAAAUUUUAUACGAAUUAUCGUUUUGUUUGAUUACUACAAUUGAGUUUAUUGAAAUAUACAAACAAAUUUAUUUGUCUCUAAA